AGCGCGCAUGGCCGCGGCGCGGGGCUGCGCGGUGCGCGGCGGCGGCGGGGACGUGCCCCGGUGCGGCGGCCGCGGGGUGCUCGGUGCGCGCCGGCGCCUCUCGUCCUCCUCGGCCCGGCCCCCGGCCCUCGCCGUCCCUCUGCGCUGAUUCUCUCUCUCUCUCUUUCUCUUUUUUUUUUUUUUUUUUUUUUUAAAGUGUGACUGAAACAAAACAAAGCCAAAGGGACGCUGGAUCUAUCAUUGGUUGAUUUUCCUCCUUCUUUUUUUUUAUGAUCAAAAACAACCCCCCACCCGAGCAAACAAACACACACAAAAGCAGAAAGAAAGGGUCUUGCUCAGCAGCAGCAUGGAUGUCUUGGCUAGUUAUAGUAUAUUCCAGGAACUCCAGCUUGUCCACGACACCGGCUACUUCUCAGCUUUGCCAUCCUUGGAGGAAAACUGGCAGCAGACAUGCCUGGAGUUGGAGCGAUACCUUCAGACUGAACCACGGAAGAUCUCUGAGACCUUUGGUGAGGAUUUGGACUGCUUCCUUCAUGCCUCCUCAGCCCCAGAUGCAGAGGACAAUAUCCGACGGCUGGACCCCAUCCUUUUACCAGUGGAGACGAGUACAUGUGACAAAAGCACCAACGUGGACAUUAUCCUCUCACGGGACAAGCUGUUGUCUGAGACGUGCCUCAGCUUGCAGUCCACCAGCUCUUCCACAGAAGGCUACACAGCUGUCAACCAGGCCCAACUCAAUGCAGUGACCUCAUUAACGCCCCCUUCCUCUCCGGAGCUCAGCCGCCACCUUGUAAAAACCUCACAAACUCUGUCAGCAGUGGAUGGCACGGUGACGUUGAAAUUGGUGGCCAAGAAAACUUCAUUCAGUUCCGUGAAAGUAGGUGUAGCAACAGCAACCGCGGGGACGAUAAAAAGCGGGCAAAGUGACAGUGAACAAGGAGGUACAGGGGCAGAAGCAUCCCCAGAAAACAAGAAGAGGGUUCAUCGCUGUCAGUUUAAUGGGUGCCGGAAGGUUUAUACAAAGAGCUCCCACUUAAAGGCUCAUCAGAGGACUCAUACAGGUGUUUUUCCAGGUCUGAUCACCUCGCCCUCCACAUGAAGAGACACAUCUAAAUAUCAGUCAGCUUGGCAUGGAUGUCACCUGAGCUAAGUGUUGUGAGAUGAAAGUGGAACUCAAGUUACAAUGCGCUACCUUGCAGGAGAAGAGAACUUGAUCACGUGUAAUCCUCUGUACAGAGACCACGCGCUCACACUGUCAUACACCCAAUUAUACUUCAAAUACAUGUACUUCACGUACAUUGAUUCUUUAUGCCUUGCCCCAGCUGGAUGGGAGAAGAUGCAGGCGAGGAAAUGGUAUAGAGGUGAAGUCAAUGAGAAGGAACAAUUGCUUACAGUACUUCGUCCCUCUUGGAUUUGUUUCCUGUUUUUGCCAGUGGAAAUCAAAGAAAAUUGAGGAGACUUCCCUGCAGGUGGACGGCAGUAGGAGGGGCUUAUUUAACUUGCUUCUCAGUGCAACUCAAUAGGAGAAUAUGUCGUCUUGAAGUUGCAUAUUUGUAGCACUAACUUUCUUUUUAAAUAGAUGGGGGGAAACAAUGACCUAGAAAACCAAAUCCCAGUUUGGUAGCCAAAAUUAACCUCUUGGUUCAUUUGUUCUUUGUCUGAGAAUUCCUAAUGUUCAGUGCGUCAGACUUCUCACAGACACUUUGACCUGUCUUGGUUUUGGUUCUUCUUCCUAGAACUGAGCUAUUGAGAUCCUUUUAAGUCAAUACCAGUGGCCUUAAUGGCAGUAGACUGUGGAGUGACGCUUGUGACACAAAUAUCCUCUUUUUGGCCUGAGUUUAUGUAGACUUCAUGGAGGACUAUAUUUUUGUUGGUUGUUUUUAUUUUAAUUUUUGGUUUGGCUAUUGCACAACAUAUGCACUAGGGACUCUGGAAGCUGCUGCCAUGAUGGCUAAGUGGCCAAGGGAUAAACCCCUGAGAAACAGCACCUAAUAUCUCUGUAGGCCUCACCUUAUUGCCAUAGCUAGGACUUCUUGUUUAUUUGUUGAACAAAACUUUAAAAGCUUAUUUGGAAGCUUAAACAUUUUUUUCUCUUUUCUCCACGAACAAGUGAUCUUCAGAACUCCUUGUCUUCACCUGGAUAUCGGUCUGGGACUGGCCACACAGGCAUGACUACAGGAUUCCUUCCACAUCAUGUGAGCAUGUUAGCCACAACCCACAGUGACUUAGAGAUGAAUUAUGUUGCUUUUUCUUGCUGUUCUUCUAUUAACCAAUUUAAAACAUUAGACUUUUGUUUGUGUAAAGAGCACCUGCAGACGUUUUAAUUUAAAGCUAAUGUUCGUUGAGCAUCUUACACACAAAAACAAACCAAGCCAAAAAUCCUACUCCGGUCUCUGAGUGGGAAAUCGAGAACCUCUUCCAAGUACAAUGGCUUCAUUCAGCAUUAGCCUUUUUAAAGAAAUUAUCAAAGUCCUCCUUUUUCAUUCAUCGAGUUGAUGCUGUAGCCCACUCCUAUAUGAAAAAAUGUAACAGUGUGAACGGUGAAGGAAGGGUUGGAUUUUGCAUACAGCAGUGAGGCUUUUCCAAAUGAUUGGUCUAAAGUAUUACUAAUCUAGAGGUCCAUUUUGGCCUACUGUGUGAACCGUCAAGAAGUGGAGGUCUCAUGCUCACCCUUCAGUCCUAUUGGUAAUUUGAUUUCGUUGGCUCAAAGUGGAUUAAAGUCUUCAUUACUAAAGAAAAACAAAAAAUGUAUCUUACCAUAACUUGCAUUUGAAACUAUUUGGCACUGGCCCUGACUCCAAAGACUGCAUUUAGGACCAUAAAAAUGGCCUAUGCAAGCAGGCAGGUGGUCAUUAGGUUGUAUAUUUUGUAUAUUCUGGGACCAUCCCUACAAGAUGUGUCUAGAAGUGAAACAAAAUGGCGCGUGGUCCACAAAUGGUUGCUGCUCUUUUAUACUGUAUUAGCCAACUGCCCUUUUUUGACUGUUUUGACUCAUUGACUGUUAAAUAUUUCCCUUAAUUUAUGUUUUGAGAGGUAAAACUGUACUUUUAGGGGAAAAAAGAACAAACAAGAAACUCUAUAGAUGUUUAAGAGCCGUCACCGGGAUCCUUGGCACUUGAAUUCUCAGCAUUUUGCAACCUUUGGUUCCAGUGAGAGAUUGGAUUUACUAGAAAGAUGCUGUUGUUCCUCACAGUUUUCACAAAACACUGUGACUGUCAACUGAACGCUUUGGGGACAGGGUGGGAAAUACGAUGUCUGGCCCGUAUGGCAUGAAAUAUGGACCAAAAUCUAACCAUCUUUUAGGGACAAUGAUGUAACAUUUGUGGUAAGAGCAUGAGAGAGAGCAA